UAAAUCCAGUAAGAUUUCAGUAUGGCUACUGAAUAAAAUUUGAUAAAGCAAAUAAAUCUGUAAUAACUCUACUUGCGGCUCUACUUAUAAUUCUACGAUAUUUCAGGGAUCUGAAAUAAUCAAUAAGGUUCUUAAUUCAUCUACGUCCUGUUUUCCCUGGCCAAGAUGUUGAGUGCGGCGCGGCAGAGAAUCUUCGUGACGACAACAGGGAGAAUGUGUAGACUGUCUUCUUUACGGAUAAUGCCAACAGCACCCUGGGUCAGCCAGCAGAAACCCAGCAAGGCGCCAUUCUCGUCGAGUGCUCCUGUAUCCGGAUUGGCACUGCGCUGGCAGUGGGAGCCUGCUCUAACUGGAGAGGGAGAGCCUGAAUUCGGGUCCAUGCUGACGCCGAAAGCGCGACGGGCGCUGGCGCUGGCUGACAGUCUGAAUCUGGAGGAGCGCUACGGCGCGUGGUGCGAUGUUAUGCGCAGUAUGCUGCGCGACGAAGUGCAGGUGUACUCCGUGGAUAACUGUCAUGCCGGAGUGUCGGAUGCGGCCGGCGUAUACCUGGACGCCUUUGCCUGUGUGCGCAAAGUGUCUCUGGACGGGACCGGGCCAGUGCAGCUGCUGAUCCGCAGUGCCGACGACGGACCGAAGGAACGGCUGCCGCUGGAGUGUACCGCGGCGGAGUGGCAGGCCAUUGAGCGCAUUGCCGACUACGAGCGGGCCAAAAUGCAGGGCCCCAAGGUGAUGGCCUUCCUCUUCUUCCAGGGACGGCGUUUUUACUGGGGCCUGCAGCGCGCCGGCCAGCCGCCCUACCGCAUGAGCGACGAUGUUGACGCCAGCAUGCCCAACGGGGAAAUGGCGCUCAUCUGGCUGCGCCGGUAUCUGGCGUCCACGCCGGGCCGGAAGAGGCGCGUGUUGCCCGCGGAAUUCUCCCGUUAUUCACAGGAAGACCAUGAUGGACAGACCAACCGUUCCCGUCCCCAUGGAGAAUGGUCGUGGGUUUUUCGCUCAUCUGGAUUAUCCGCAACUUGAGUCUCGAUCCGGGAUGAAGCGCGACAAUCCGGAUCCUAUUCAAGUGCUCCGGACGUUUCGGCCUAUGAAUUUAACGUGUUCGGCCUAUGUAGGUUUAAUGCAUAUGUACAAAGGGAUACCAAAAGUUUUUUUCCCUAUUUUUUAUCUUCCCCCACAAACUUACUUUACCCUUUCCACCCAUAUUUUAACUAAUGUCAUUCAUUAACUAAUUAAUGGAAAUUGUAAUUUAGGUUUUGCUCAAUACGAGUUGGGGAAUUGCGCCACAAAGACUGUCGGCGGCUUCUGGCAGCCUAAUUUCUGGUCUUCUCGCAGCAUUGUACUAUUAUUAAACUUCUCCUCCUUUAUUCCCCGAGAAGCACAAAACGCUUUUAUGUUUAGAAUUCUUCGCUCUUGCAGUGUAAAUCAAGAAACAAAAAAGGCAGCCCCUAC